AUGACACAAGAAAAUCAAACAAUAUUCAAAAAGCAAUUAUUCCUAUUUACCCCUCAUCAAUAUGAAAAUUCAGAAUAAGGGUUACUUUAUACAGUUGCGGUUAGAGUUCCAAUUAUCUUGAUAGAUGUUAUAUUGGAAAAUUGUAUAAAGACCUUUUCAAAGUAUACCAAAAAAUAUUAGUUAAUUUUAAGAAAUUAAUUUCUUAGAAGUUCAACUUUAUUUAAAAAGGCAAUCCUGUAGUUUAAACUUUAAAUAAAAGUAUUAAAUCUUUAAUAAUU